CCUGUUUGAUUGGCCGGUUGAGGUUUAUUUUGACAAGUUACAUCCGGAACAUGUGAUGUAUAGUUGCCGCGCGUGAAUGUCAGAAGACGAGUGGAAAUAGACAUUAAAUAGUUGCAUAGGUAACAAUGGCUGACAGUGCCGGCGUACCACCUGAAGAGAGCAGCCAGCCACCUGGAGGGAAAGAGGAACAGGGAGGAGGUGGAGGAGGAAGUUUAACUGAUGCUCAGAGAGACGUCUUGGAAAGAUGCCUCUAUACACUGAAGCAUGCGAAGAAUGACAGUCAUACAUUGGCAGCUCUUCUGGUGAUCAGUCGCCUAUGUCCUGCAAAUCAAUUAGACAAAGCCACCCUGAGGCGAAUUUUUGAGGCAGUGGGCCUUAACUUUCCAGCACGGCUUUUGAUGACAGCAGUCCGUGGGGGGGAGAGUUCUGACUUGGCCCCAAAUGACCUCCUGUCACUGGGCACAGCUUUGCUGGCUGCCUUCAGCACAGACACCGACAUGGCCUCCCAUCCACAACUCCUCAACACCAUCCCAUUCCUGUUGGGUAUCAUUGCAAACCAACCUGUGUUUAAUGAGCAAAAUUCAUCAGCUGAGAAACAGAGCAAAGCUGGAGAGACCAUGACAAGACCAGAAAAUAAAGCUCAGCCAGGUGACGUUGCGCAUCCAGCAUCUAAAUCUGCUGAAGAGACUGAGGCCAGCCAACAACAAGGUGAUAGUGUUAGCACAGGAGACAGUUUCUCAACCCCUCAAGAAACUUUAUUCCCCUCUCCCCUUGAUGAGGCCAUGGCUGCUGACUGUUACCAGAUUCUGUCAGUGGUGUGUGCUUUACCGAGGGGUUCUGACCUACUGCUGAACAGGGGUGCUGUUCAUUUUCUGUGCCAAGCAGUGGCAAAAAAUGAGACAUUCAGCCAUGAGAAGGGACUUGCAUUGAUUGGCUGCAUCCUCUCAGGUAAAACCAAGGAAAGAGCAUGGAGCAGAUAUCCAGAAGAAUUACUCACUUUGCUUGUUGGACUGUCCAAUGACUUCUGCAAAGCCACAGAGCAGACCAGACUUGACAUGUGCACCCAGUUGGUGCACUUUCUCCCUCCAGCUGGAGCAGCAGUAGAGAGUGAGCCGCUGAAAGGAGUUGUGGGCCGUUUGUGGGGGGUUCUUAGACCCAUGAUGCAGUCCAAGUUAACACCAAAACAGAUCAGGCCGGUCCUGAUUCUCAGUGCAUGUCUGCUGGAUCUGUAUGGUUGGGACCUGGUGGGUCCACCAAAGUUCUGUUGUUUACUGGUGAAUCGAGCAUGUGUGGAGGUGAGAAUGGGUUUGGAGGAACCACCUGGCAAUGAGCUGAGUCUGGAGCUACAGCACACACUCACAGGCUGUUACAGGAUUAUGGAGGCUGCCAUUGAGCAGGCCUGCAGUGUGGGCGUCACACAGACGGAUGCAUCUCCUCAGAGCUCUGUCUCUGUACUCAGUCUGCAGCAGAGCAGACAGGUCCUCGGGGUGCUGGAGGAGGCCUUCUCUGCUGUAGUAUACCAUCUGCAGCAGGUGGAUCCAAGCCGCUUUGGUGACCCUUUUGUUUUUGCCACAUUCCGUGCUCUGUGCUCAUGGCUGGCAGAGGAGACUUCUUGUCUGAAGGAGGAAGUGACUGGUCUGCUUCCUCUCUUGGUCGGCUACUCCCGGAGCCACAUGCAGAGUGACGGUCUGGAGCAAAGCUUCUCUGACUGGAUGGCUGAGUUGUCUGUCAACGAGGAAAGAACCAGGUGGACAGGCAAAGAGGCACUGAGAUAUCUCCUUCCAGCUCUGUGCCACCUGUCAGCAGAGGAGGCUCCCAGGAAGGUGCUCCUCUCCCUGGACACCCCUUCUCUGCUGGUGGAUUUCCUCUCACAGUGCUGGACGUCACUGAAGGGAAAAAGCAGCAGCGUAGCAGCGAGGGAUCCCAGUAUGGAGACGGCCUGCUCCGCCCUUCUCAACUUUGCCGUCACAGAGCCAGAAAGAGUCAGGAAGGAUCCAUGCUUCAGAACCCUGGAGACUCUUCUGAGUGAGGCACUUCCUGUUUUGGUCCAUAAACCUCGGCUAUUAGUGCUAGCGGCAAAUUUCUGCACUUUGGGUCUAAUGAUUGGAAGACUGAAAUCAGCUCCUUCAGGCUCUGUGGAAGCCGGCCAGAGGCGGUUCUUCUCCACGGCUCUCCGGUUCCUCCGUGGUACUCUGGACCCCAGCUCCAGUCCUGGACCAGUAAGCCUGAGUGGGAACUGGAAGGAGAGCUGGGACGAAGCAGCAGAGCUCUGGAGACUGGGUCUGCAGGCUCUGGGAGGCUGUGUCCGCUCACAGCCCUGGAUCAUCAGCCUGGUCAGAGAGGAAGGGUGGCUCAAACACACACUGAACAUGCUGGGCGAGUGUAGCGCUCUACCUGAUCAGCAAACACAAGAGGCGCUAGAGGAAGCUCUGUGUGCCAUGGCCGCCCAGUGCCCACUGUGUAAACAGGAGAUCGGAGACGUAAUGAGAGGUGGUAAAGGAGCUCUGAGCAGCAUGAGGAACCUGAAGACACUGGUGGGGACGAAAUGAAACCAACAGUGUCCACUUUACAUUUCAAACAAAGGGUUGAAAUGAAGUAAGAGGGCUAAAACUCAGGCAGGACAUGACUUUUUACUCAGUGACAUGAAUUAUGUGUUACUUUUUGUCCCAGGUUUUCAUAUAUGAAAGAAAUAGAAACACCCAGAUACUGUGGUACUGAAGAAUUAUGAUACAGAUCCAGCUUUCAUUGUAAUUAUCUCUUUAGAUAUUGUGCAAUGAUGUAUUAAUGCCUUUAAUAAAGAACUAUUUUGUUAGAAAACCUUAA